CAUCACACCACGUAGGUAUAGUGAAGACAGACAACAGGAACAUUUUGAGAUUAUUUAAUGCACCAACUAGUUGUGAAAUGCAAUAUUGAUUCAUAUUGGAACUUGAUUUGUAUCAUUCAGCACCUCAAAUUCAUCAAUGGUAAGAAACAAUAAAUAUUCUGUUUAUAACACUGACAAAGAAAGUGUUGUCCAUGAGCCUUGUGUCAUGCAGCUAACUGUUACAUCGCCAGUAUGAUCAAGUGUAUAGAUGAUUUUUGAAUCUAUAAGGUUUGAAAAUGAAAUAUUUUCUAUAGCAGUUAUAAUUGUGAAACUUUCAACUCUCAGCAAACUGCUGCAUCGUAAGAAGACAAUUUUGAAUUAAUUGAUAAAUAACUAAUUUUGUUUGUUUCUCAUAUAUAGAUAUCUGCUUAAUUGCCUAAAGACUCUACGAAAAACGUUUUCUCUAGCUUACAUAACUCGUGAAUCUCUCAACUCUCUCAUAUCGCAAGGAGUACGUUACGGAUCGACAUUUUUGAAUCAUUUCAAGGUUGUUGAUGAAUGAGACAGAUGGCACAGGGCUGACAUCCAAGAUUUAUCAAAAAUCCUGAUUUAAUCUUUUGACCGUAUAUAUCUCUCGCCAUCUUGUGAUGUUUAGAGCAGUCUUAAUACAAAGGAUUUGGUUUAAUGACAGCUGACUGAUAUAUUCUUUGUCUAGAGAAGGGACUGACCACAUAGGUCUAGAGGUAUAGCCUAUAUAUAAGCACUUUACUUCUGAAUGUUAUAAUUAUGAAUGAAUGGUAAACCGCCUUCUAUUUAUUUCAAAGCAUAACUACAUGGGCUAUGAAAACAUUGUUUGACAUAAAAGCUAGCCAUUAGCAUUGUUUUUGCGAAGCGCCGUUGCCCGGUAUACGCAAUAAGCACUAAGAGCAAUUUCAAUAUAUAAGUUUCAAUUACAUGGCAAUGGUCAAUGCAAUUUUUCACUUAUCGGUAUCAUGCUAUAUAAGCUUCAACGAAAACAUUGAGUUUCCAUAAACAAUUUUACGCUCCUGCAGUAACACAACAUUUUGAAUUCGCUUGUGCAGAGGCGAACAUUGAAUUAAAGUUUUUAUCUUUUCAUAAAAAAAAACUUUUAUUUUUUCUUGUGAAGCAGUAAUGAGUUGCUGAGUUACGCGAAACGCUUGCCGGGUUACGUUUGGAUCAGUGUCGUUAUGUGUUUGUCAACAGACAACGAUAGGAUCUAUAAGAGAUCCUUGGAAAUACCGACUAUAAAGAGUAAGCGUACGUAGCACAUAAAGUGAAUAGUUAAACAAGUUUUACGAACUAGACCAAAAAUCUCAAGAUAGCGAGAAACCACUUAUAGGCUUGUUUUGAAAUUUCAAGAAGAUUAAUGUUAAUUAUUCAUUCCUUUUAACAGUUUUUCCAAAAGCAGACAUUCACUGAUUGAGUUUGUUAAUUGAAUAAAAGCAUAAGCUAAAUUAAAAUUUAAACCCUAAAGGCGUUAUUGUCACUACCAAGUUCUUGACGAAUUGAAUUCACAAAAACUGAGUUAAUUAUUUGCGCAAUAUAAAUAUUAAAUAUUAUUAUUACAACUACGCAAUUAAUACGAAACACGCACGUAAAGAGAAAGCGCGCGCUUUUCUCAAUUUCUAUACCGGGAACUGAUGUUACAUGCAGGCCGUCCCCGAAAUUUCAUAGUGCGAGUUAUAUGUCAAGUAAUAAGUCUAAUGUUGACUGAAAAUUCAAUAAUGGCAAUAAUGAUCUCUCUUAUUUUGUUUAUCAGUCAAGGCAAAUUGUAAAUGUGUUUCAUAAGCUAAAUAAAUACCAUAAAAUAAUAAUAAAUACCGGGAACUGAUGUUACAUGCAGGCCGUCCCCGAAAUUUCAUAGUGCGAGUUAUAUGUCAAGUAAUAAGUCUAAUGUUGACUGAAAAUUCAAUAAUGGCAAUAAUGAUCUCUCUUAUUUUGUCUAUCAGUCAAGGCAAAUUGUAAAUGUGUUUCAUAAGCUAAAUAAAUACCAUAAAAUAAUAAUAAAUACCGGGAACUGAUGUUACAUGCAGGCCGUCCCCGAAAUUUCAUAGUGCGAGUUAUAUGUCAAGUAAUAAGUCUAAUGUUGACUGAAAAUUCAAUAAUUGCAAUAAUGAUCUCUCUUAUUUUGUCUAUCAGUCAAGGCAAAUUGUAAAUGUGUUUCUCGAACCUUUUUACAGACAUAGCAGUGAAAGACGUGUGCAAUUGAAAGAAAUCGAGAAACGGCGCAAGCAAAACGUGGGUUGACUUGACGUGACAAGAGUUGUUUUCGCAUAAAGACUGACGCAGUGACGUCGUACGGUUCUUGUAAAAUACAAGAAAACGUCACAGAUUCACAUUCCGAAGUCCCAGUGAAAGAGGACAAACACGCUGCUCUGAAGGAACCGAAAAGUUCGCGAUAAACAAAACUAAACAUUUGCACAGAAGGACAGUACGACAACUCACAUUCGAAAGCUUCCAAAUUGAAAGAGAAAGAGAUAGCAAAAUAUAAGAAAAACAACUGGUAGCGGUAACGGAUUAAAGGAACAGUUACAGUCAGCGAAACGUUCGGAGCAUUUACAUUUUGAUCAUUCAAUAAUGGCGACAACAUUUCCUAGAGAUAACAAUUUCUCGACUACAACUUCCACUCAAGUGACAAACGACACAGCAGGAUGGAGUUCAAAACUCGAGGAUUAUCACUAUGGCCUGAUAACUCUUUCAUUCCUCGUCAUUAUCUGUAACCUCUUCGCGAUUCAAACGUACAAACGCCAUGAAAAAAUCCGACGUAAUUGCAGCAACGUGUUAUUACUGAGCCUCGCAAUAUCUGAUCUGAUCAUAGGAGUGAUUUAUCUUCCCAUUUUGAUAUUUUGCGAAAACCAGUGGAACAAAUAUGCGCCCGUAAGCGAAACCUUUGUCGAUUUCUGUCUCGCGAACUAUCUGGUCAAAAAUUUAUUAGAUUUUUCUACGAUACUUCACAUAGUUGCUUUGACACUCGAAAAAUACUUAGCCGUCCUCCAUCCGUUUCAGAGGCUCAGCGUUUCGACCCGUGGUACAUACAGAAAGAUAUUAACCACAGUUUGGCUUCUGGCUUUGGUACUGGCAAUGGUGCCUCUAUUCUGGAUGUACGAUGAAGUGUCGCCUGCUUGGUUGUAUAAGUUCCACAUAUAUGGCAUAGCUCAGGCGUCGGUAUUCCUGGGCUUGGCAAGUGUGAUUUUAUUGUAUUGUUACAUACGCAUGUUCUUCCAAAUUCGUAGCAAACUUUCCUCCCACACACAGACUGGACGUGUACAAGCGAAAGCGAGAAAUGAUCGGAAAACGGUGCUCAUAUUCCUAAUGUUCUUCACAUUUUUUGUCGUUGGUUGGACCCCCUGGUUCUUCUUUAGCGUAAAGGCUGAGCAUCAGUACCUGGUUUCACUAAAGGUUAAAGAUUUCUUAGUUUCCCUACGCUAUGCAGGGGCAGUUGUCAACCCGUUGUUGUACAGUUUCAUUAAGAACGACUAUAAACAAGCGGUACAGGCAGACUUUAGACGUUUCUGCUCAAGGUGUCCUUCACCAGUAGGCUUUCGCAAAUUGGUCCAAACCAGCACACUACACAGACACGGCAAUAAUAAUACCUUGAUGCCUGGGACGCUGACCACUGGUACUGGAGACGUCAAAUUGAAAAAGAUUGAAUCGACUGAAGAUCCGAAAGCGUUUGGUAGUUUUACUUCCGGUACAUCAGGUGGACAUUUUUCAUCUCAAGCUGAGGACACUGACCUUUAAACGAAACUAUCAUGAAUAGAUACUUUUCGAAUUUGCUUGAGUCCCCCAGCCAUGACUUAUACAGGGUGUAUAAAAAAAACGCAACCUC